UGUUGACCUCUUUUAACUUGAAACCUUACGAAAACUCUCUGUCACCGCUUCAAUUAGGAGACAUCUAGAGAUGGAGCAUACCUUGAGUUGGGUGAUAGACAACUUCUCCGAGAAGAAUGAUGAGAUAAGAACUGCUAACUUCUCAAUCAGCGGGUGUGAAUGGUGUGUUUGUGUGCAUCCCAAGGGUGCGUCUGGCUCUGAUCACUUGUGUCUGUACCUGCAAGUUGUGAAUCCUGAUUCAUUGAGUCUUGGAUGGAAAAGGAGAGCUAGCUAUUGCUUUGUUUUGUUGAAUCAAUCCGGAAAAGAGCUAUUCAGAUCACCUGAGGAAAGCAGAUGCACAUUGUUCUGCAGUGAGAUCUUAUCCUGGGGUUACUAUAAGACGCUGCCUCUUUCCAAGCUCCAAGAAAAAGGGUUUCUGAAGAAGAACAAACUAACCAUUAAAAUCUACAUCAAAGUCCUUGAAGUUGUUCAUCAAGGAAAGUCAACAGAGAAUGAGAUGUUAGAUUACGGUGGUUUUCAGAUCCCUGCUUCUCAACUUGCACUACUGACCAAGAAUGUCAUCAUACAUGACCCAAACUUUGCGGUAGAUAUUGUGUUGGGCCCUAACCAUGUAAUUAACAUCCCUACAUACAGUAGAGGAGGUAGCAACUACUAUGGCGGUAGAGGAGGAGGCAAUGGUGGUGGAUAUGGUGCUCCUAGUGGUGUAUAUGGCGGAAAAACUCCAAGUGCUUAG